GCCACCUUAAAAAAACAGUCGCGCCGAUAUGUCAAUCCAGACGCGACCCAGACAGACCUCGGCCUGGGGGCCCAGCCGUGAGAGCCGUGCGCUGAUUGGCUAAGUCCCGCCGUUCUUUUGAGACUCGAAUCCCUAUUGGUUGGAGCCGGGCGAGACGCUCACGCGCACAAUGUCUACCCGCUUUUGUUAUUGUACCGAGAGCGAGGCGAGAGGCUUCGGGGGAGCGUGCAGGAUGCACGGACGGAGACAGCGAGCCUGUUAGCCCCGUAUCGACUCCGAUAGACUCAUAUUAGAUGUUGGAGGGGGAAGGGGACUCCCAUUUCUACCUCUCCGUCCUUGUCUAGGAACCAGUCUUCUGAAUUCUCUAAUAUAACCCGACUGAUGUAGCAGCAGGAUGUCCGUGAACCCUCCCAACAGUAACGACGCCUGCCUUAGCAUCGUGCACAGUCUCAUGUGCCACAGGCAGGGUGGUGAAAACGAGGGCUUCGCCAAACGCGCCAUCGAGAGCCUGGUGAAGAAACUAAAGGAGAAGAAGGAUGAGCUAGACUCCCUCAUCACAGCAAUCACCACCAAUGGAGUCCAUCCCAGCAAGUGUGUGACCAUCCAGAGGACGCUAGAUGGACGCCUACAGGUUGCGGGCCGUAAAGGUUUUCCUCAUGUAAUCUACGCACGGUUGUGGCGCUGGCCAGACCUGCACAAGAAUGAGCUAAAACAUGUGAAAUUCUGCCAGUACGCAUUUGACCUCAAAUAUGAUAAUGUCUGUGUCAACCCCUACCAUUAUGAGAGAGUGGUGUCACCCGGGAUAGUUGGUCUUAGUCUUCAAAACACGGGUCCCUCCGGCAGACUGAUAAAAGAAGAGUACAGCCAUGACUGCAUUCAGAUGGACGUUCCUCCAGGUCUGCCUCCUCAGCAGGACCACCAGGGGGCGAUGAAGCUCCCCCCUCCAGACCACUACGGCCAGCCACUGCCCCCUCUCCAAAUGCCUUCAGAGCCCACGCGCGCCCCUCCGCCAGUCGCCCUUUACUCUAAUAUGCCCCUCUCACCCACUGCAUCAGGCUCUAUGAUGCCAAUGCAGGGAGGUCAUGGUGAAGGCCUGCUACAGAUUGCGUCUCCUCAGAGUCAGGUCAUGACCCCAACACCUCCUCCCUCAACCCCUACCCACGGACCUUCGCAGACCCCCGUCCCACCCCAGCCACCGCCCAACCAGAAUGGUUACAACAGCUCCAAACACGCGCAGGGUUCAUUUCACACAACCUGGACAGGCAGCAGUACAGCCUCCUACACGCCUGUAGGACCCCAGCAAAAUGGCCGUGGCCAUCAGCCGCCUCUUCAUCACCCCCACUUUUGGUCUCAGCAUCACAGCUCAGCAUCUUUCCCCCCUCCAGUCUCCAACCAUCCAGUUUCGUAUACCUAUGACGCAUCUGUAGGUCCUGAAUUCUGGUGUUCGAUCUCAUACUUUGAGAUGGAUGUUCAAGUGGGCGAGAUGUUUAAAGUUUUGUCCAGCUGUCCGGUGGUGACGAUUGAUGGGUAUGUGGACCCCUCAGGAGGUGACCGCUUUUGCCUGGGUCAGCUUAGUAAUGUGCACCGCACCGACGCCAGUGAGCGAGCCAGGUUGCAUAUAGGCAAAGGCGUGCAGCUGGAGUGCCGUGGAGAGGGCGACGUGUGGAUGCGUUGCAUGAGUGAUCACGCUGUCUUUGUGCAGAGCUACUACCUGGACAGAGAGGCGGGCAGAGCCCCUGGAGAUGCAGUGCACAAAAUUUAUCCAGGGGCGUACAUCAAGGUGUUUGACCUCAGGCAGUGCCACAGGCAGAUGCAACAGCAGGCGGCCACUGCGCAGGCAGCUGCAGCAGCACAGGCUGCAGCGGUUGCAGGGAAUAUUCCCGGACCGGGAAGCGUUGGUGGAAUUGCCCCUGCAGUCAGUCUCUCAGCAGCAGCAGGGAUUGGUGUGGAUGAUCUCAGGAGGCUGUGUAUCCUCCGUCUGAGUUUCGUGAAAGGCUGGGGACCAGACUACCCACGGCAGAGUAUAAAGCACACCCCCUGUUGGGUGGAGGUCCAUCUGCACCGUGCACUGCAAUUGCUGGAUGAGGUGCUGCACACUAUGCCACUAGCAGACCCUGGACCAGCUAACUGAAGCCAGUGAGAGGAAACAGUACACACCUCAGCAUACACUCAUAACACAGAUACUGUACUCACUUACAGUAAGCGUGCAAACCAGUGUGCUCACUUGGAUGAAUCGGUCUGCACUUUUAUCAGUCAUUCAGUCGGACAGAAUUCACUAAUUCAAUUCACUAAUUGUUAUAUAGUUAGAUAAAUUAUACUUUUUGUUUUUGGUGAAUCUCAUAAAUGUCCAGGGGUGCGUCUCCCGAUAGCUUUGUUAGCCAACUAUGGUGGAAAGCUAAGGCAUAGUUCAUGGCAUAGAUGGUGUUUCCCGAAACCAUCGUUUCAUUUGCAAACUGCAUCACGAACUCUCCAGCUGGGAAUUUAGCUGUGGUUAAAAGCAUAGUUUUUUUGACAUUGUAGAGCAAAAUAAGCAAGCCACAUGCAGUGCAUUUUAUAUCCAUCAUUCUAAAUAUAUAUAAAUUUUACAUCUUUUACUUAGUAAACAGAAUUAUAGUGCUGUCUUUGAAGACUACUGGAGGAAAUCCCUGGGAGGAGUGACGUAAGAGGAAUGUUAAUAAUAUUAAUGAAUAUCUUGAAAUAAAACAACAGAGAACUAAAACACGAUAACAAAAACGUCUUCAGAUGCAAUUUACAUUAUUUACAGCAAUAAUCUGACAUUAAAGGGCAUAUAUUAUGCAAAAUCCACUUUUACAAGGACAUGAAUGUGUGUGAACACAACAACCCUGCCACUGUAAGCCCAUACAGGUUGAUUGAACUUAAAACAUUUAUGGAAACUCGUUGCCCUAAAAAAGUUGAUUUUGCCUGGUUGAAAUAACAAUUAAUUUUAAGUUUAAUGUACUUAAUGUUUUAAUUUCUUCCAAUAUUCCUGCACUCUUAACCCAGUUUAGUUGACAUUACUAGAAAUGUGUGAGGAAACCUGUUGCAUAUAACUUUAGUUUUUAUCACUUUGUAUUACUUUUGAUGUUAUAAAUGGUAUUAUAACAAAAAUGAAUGACUGAUUUUAAGUCAAUCAUUGAAUAAACGUGAUUCUCCACAGAAACACACAAAAAUGUGUUUUAACAUACAUUGUACAGUGGAGAGAAAUACAAUAAAAUGUUUUGAACAGCGUUCAUGUACGGAAACACUGAUCACCUGAACGGUGACUUCACAAAAUUAUAAUUUACAACAAAACAACAUCAAUAAUAUAAGAGCUUGAACCUAUAUGACAUUUUAUUAACAAAUAUUUGAAUAGAGAAAGUUCUUAUCAGUUUUUAAUUUGUGAAAAAGCAGAAAAUAAUCAAAAUAUUCAAGCGCAAAGGAUUAUGGGUAUUCCUCACAACAUGAACUAAUAAUUUUAAGUUCAUUUUACUUGAAUGUUUUAGUUUAAUAGAUUUUGUAAGGUUAACAGUUAAAUCAACAAAUCAAUUUAAGCCUUUGCUUAAAAACAGAAAAUAUUAAUGAUGUUUCCUUGAUUGUUUGAGUAAAGACAAUUUCUGGGUUAACAGUGAAUUAAAAAUUGCUUUUUUAUCCUCAUUUAACCAAAGCAAUCGCAUUGGACAUGCUGUAUUGAUUCUCUUGUUAUUGUGAUAUCACACUGAUAAAGCUCCACCCACAGGCAAUGACAGACUGGUUAAUUUAACCCAAAAGCUAUUCUGAGAGGCGGUUCACAUUUUGCACCUUAUGGAAAACGUGACCGCACCACUACCGCAAAAAGUUGACGUAGCUGCGAAACCGACGCAACUGGAAAAAGAGCGUGUCACUUUCUAUUUGAGGGCACUUGCUGUGCGUCUACAUUCAAAACGACGUAUUUGCGCGUGCAAAAGAAGUGAAAUGUGAACACCCGCUCAAAAAAAUUUUUGUUAGUACGUUGUAGCGCCAAUGCGAGUAAAGAUACUAUUGUCUCAGACGUUAUUCACAGAAAUCAGAUCUAUUUUUAACCAAAAGCGCUCACUGUCUGUUGGUAAGGGAGUGAGGAACUGUGGCUCAUUUGCAUUUAAAGGUACAGACAUGAAAACAGCGUUUUUUAAUCCCACCCAAAUAGAGGCAUGCUAUUACAAAUGAUCUGUGGGGUAUUUGAGGCUGAAACACAGACACAUUCUCUGAGACUCAUCUUAUGUCUUGUAAAAAUAGGCAUAAUAUGUGCCCUUUAAAUCAAUCUGAAAAGAUUAAUGAGGAAUCCACCUCCUGCGUGACAUCAUCAAUUAUAUUGUUGAACCAAUAUUGUUCAAACGAUGGAUGUGCGACAAAGUUACUAUGUUUUCGGGAAACAGUCGUGACUAGCUAGUUAGUUUCUCCCAACUAUGCAUCGUACCAUGGUGGUUCAGGAGAGAGUUACAUUAUUAUUAUUCGGGAAAUGCAAUCCAGGUCAUAUAUCUUCCGGAAAUCUAAAGAAAAAAGUUACAUUUUGAGAUUUAAGGGAAGUACAUCUAAACUACUGUAAUGUAUUCAAACAUUACCUUUGUUUGUUUUGUAACACUUAAUGAUCGUUUUACAAUUUAUUUUAGUGUAUUUGAAAAAAUAGACUACUGUAAUACAUUAAAUCUGUAUAAAUUAAAUUCAACAUUAUUAUAAUGUACAAAUACUUUAAAUUAUACAUAACACAUCACAAUAUUUUUCACAUUAGCAAUGGGAAUACAAUGUCAUGUAACUAAAUCCAAAUACAAAAUAUAGACGUAAUUUUCAUUAUGAAUAUAAUAUACUUUUUUCUUUUAAUUAUGGGGUAAAAAAAGUACAACCUGCACAUGUUCUUGACGUUUUGUGAGAUUCACCAUCUCAGAUUAAAUGUAUAUACGUUAGCGCUACAGGUCUAAUAAUGAAUGCAAGUUUACACAGGGUUGAUUAAAAAUUAUGUUCAGGGAAAUAGCUUUAUUGUUCAUAUGCCUUUCUAGCUUUGCACAUCAAGUAGUUAUGAUGAAAAUAUUAGAGCCUAAUAGUUUCGCAAUACUGGUAGAAGAUGCUUACAAUCUGUCCUGUGAGAAAUUUAUAAAUGGGGUCAGUAUCUGAUCUCGUGAUAAAGCGCAACAAUGACUGCUCACUUUUUCUGCGCUUGGGAUCUGGAAGUAUUUGUCCUUAAAUGAUUUGGUUAUCAGUAAAAAGGUAAAAGACUGUAUACAUAACAUCUGUUAUGAGGCAAUGAACUACUCGUCCAAUGAAGCAUUGCAAAUAAUAAAAUCAAAACCAAUGUAAGUUACACGCUACGGGUUUGUUUAAAAUUCCAUGCAUUUUUACGAAUUUAUGAGAACAUUUUAAAAAAAUUGUUGCUUCUACAAUCACGAAACAACCUCAGGCCUAUAUGUUAUCACUAAAAAUAAUCUUCUCCUAGAAGACAAUAAAUUGGAUUUUUACUUCCAGAACCCUUCUGUUAUUUUACACUCUGGUAUCUCUCUCACACACACACACACACGUCGAAGAUGACUUAUGUUCAGGUGAGGAAGAGACUGUUCAUCCUACACCAAGUCAGAAAUCCACGGGUCUGGUAGCACCAAAUGCCUCAGAGCAAAUGUGCGCCAAUAUGUCGGCGCCGCCCACUUCAGGAAACGUUUGAGAGGACCGUUAAUGUAAACGUUCAACGUUUUGGAUCAAACCCUGCCUCUGAGGGACGGAGCUGAACCAGAUUUCUCCUAAAGCUGGUUACACGGAUAAAAACUGGCAAACUGUUUAAACAAAAUCCUCAUCUCUUGUGCUUGUGAUGUGCUUCUAUAGAUGUGGACCUCAACUCGGCUAUCGCUGCCUGCUGUAAACGUGGCUUACUAUCCAAGCUUCUUGUUAGUCAUACAGUAGCCUUCCAGCUCCUUUAUUUUCAUACCAAAAUGAAAUUGUUCAGCUUUAAAAUGGUAUUAGUAUUUGUGAUGACGCAGUUUGGUGUCUGUAACCAAAAUCAUUUGCCAUGCGGUGUAACUCACCAAAGCCAGAAUACCUCAUGAUAAUCUAACACGAACCCAGUGGAUUUUUCUUUAUGCCAAAAUGCCAUUGGAGUCUGCUGUUUUCUGGACCUCAUGUUCACCUCAUACUUUAACCGAAACCAAAAGGAGGCGUGGCUUGAAGAAGACCGAAUGUCUUGAUGCAACCAAUGGUUUGUUUGACAGUUACUCAGAUUUUGCGUUUAGGUUAACUUGGAAAGCGACUCGUUUUUCGACUGUUGUAGCAACAUUUGCCUGUCAUUGUGUAGAUUGUGACCAACAUUCAUUGUCAGGCAGUCCCAUUUGCAAACGGGUAGAAGAAUACUUCUAUUUUUUUGCUGCCAUCCCAGGUUACAAAUGUGUAUGUUUUACUGCACAUGUAUGCAUAAAUCAAAACACUCUUUAUAUUGGUUUAUUUAACAUGUACAUCCGAAAACAAAUGCAAAUAUUUAACCGAAAUGUCUGAUAGUAAACAUUGAAGCCCAUUAUGCUACGUUCACGUCAUGUCAUGGUUACCGUAAUUACGAGAUGACAAACUGUAAUGUUCUGCUCACACUGAAAUGUUCACAUUAAUUUUGUUUUAAAAGAAUAGUUCACCCAAACAAUUUUGUUUUGUAAUUUUUUACUCACCCUUAUGUCAUUUGAAUCCCCAGUGUUUUUUUCCUCUCUUUCAGUGCACAUUCUUUGUGUGUGAACUGAUAUUUAGGCAGUUUAAGGAUGUUCACUUUUAAAUAAUGUGUGACAACUGCAACAACUGCGAAAUCCACAACAAGAAGGAAAAAAGUAAAUUUCUUCAGGACACUUAAGGUGUAUCCAAAAUAUCCAUCUAUCCAAAUACGAACACAUUAUUUUCUAUGAAUGUGACUCUGGACGCUGCUUAAAUCCCUACCGUACCAAAGGGUGCCACUCACAUAGUAUAACAUUAAAGGGGACAUAGAAUAAAAAAAGCAUUUUUACCUUGUCUUUGUUGAAUAAUGGUAGUCUACCCGCAUUCACGAACAUGCAAAAAGUGCUAGACAUGCUUAACAUCUCAGUCUCAUAGAAAUUCCUCUUUUAGAAAUGUCUGCCAGAAAACGACCCAAUCUGAAAAACUGAUGCUUAUGACAUCACAGGCAUCUCACUGCCCCUCCACUUUAAAAUAAUUGGCUAAAUUUUUUUUGAGUGGCAGCAAAGUCAGCCAAUCAGUAAUGAGAUUGCAAGUUAAGCCAGUAGGGGGAGACAAAUAGGUGCAAAACCACUUGUUUAAAAUCCCCCACCAUAAUAGAGCUAUCUGAGAGAGGUUUUUAGAAAGCUUCUAAGGCAUUACAGACCCAAACAAAAACAAAUUUUGUCUUCAUGUCACAUCACAGAACAAGGAUAAAUACCCCCUUCAAUCAUUCUAUGUCACCUUUAAAUAACAUUAUAUUUGACUAAAAUCAUUUAACAUACCUGUAGGCUGCUAAUGCAUAUUUUGCAUUUAAGUAGACUCUUUCUGACUAAGCUGGCGCUAUUAAAUGUGCACCUCCGGUGUCCGAUACCUGCGAGUUGUCCUACAUGUGACGCAGCGCUGCGCAUCUCACACGGUUUGGAACCUCUUUUAAAAUACACGAUAAGUCGAGUUGAGUUAUUUAUUUAAUACUUUGGGUCAUUUUAAAGCUUGAAGGGUUUCCUGGUUACUAUGGGAGGUAUUUGGUGACUGAGGAAAACCCCAGACAACACUUUAAAAGAACAAUCUGUGUUUGGGUUACUAAGAAAAACAAAAGACAUUGGGAAGUUUAAAUAACAUGAGGGUGAGUAAAUAAUGACUAUUCUUUUAAUUUUUGGGGCGAACUAUCCCUUUAAAGCAAUAGUCCACUACAUGAAUUAUACAAAUUUUAAUAUUUUAUAAAAUAACUACAUGACAACAUUUUACUCAUGAUUUCGAGUGUUGACAUUGCAGCGUUCAGGCGGAAGACUACUAUUUGGAGCUCUGAAAAAAAUUAAAGUUAUUACUUAUUAUUUUGAAUUACAAUUUAGAUUUUUAAGCAUGUGAAGGCUUUUUACAGGUCAUAAUUCCUAACUACAGUAAUUUGACAUGAUGUGAAUGCACCUAUAGUUUCUUGAAGUCAACAUGAAAUUAAAAUGGACACAUUUCUGGUCUUAUUGUGCACUAUUGUUUAGCACAUUUUAUUCCAAACAAAUGAGUGUUGGUCUUUUUAACAAAUUUCCUUGACUUAUGUCCCAAAGGUCAUGUAAGCUUGAGCUUACAGCAAUAAUAAUAACUAACAAAAGCUUUAGGAACCACAUUGUGCUGAAAAAUGGUCUAAAUUCUCCUCAGAGGUCUGUGAAGUGACAUCCUCCACAAUUCUUUGAUGGUUUCACUCGGACAAAUAUCACAUUACUGAAGUAGAAAUUAUUGUUUCAUGUUGACUUCAAUUACAUGUACAUUCUUACUACUUAUAAUGUGUUGAGUAUAAGCGGUCAGAACUAUUUAAUAGAGGGAUUUAGGGUGUCCUUAUUUUUUGUUCUCACAGUAAAAGUAUUUGUGCCUUUCCUGUUGUGCUCAUUUAUUUGUAGAAAAAAGGCCUUCCCAUUUAUUUUGAAUAUAAUGUAAACCUUUUAUUGAAAUCUGUAAAUGCGGUUUUAAGCAAUGAAGCAUGGCAGGGAUGUUUAAGUCCUCUUCCAUUCACAGAGUGUUUUCAGGUUAUGACCCUGUCAUCACCUGCGAUGCAAGUGAUGCGAAAUUCAUCUGCAGGGUAUAGUUCAUGUAGGCUCAGGUCAUGUUGAAAAAAAAUGAGGCUUUCUGUAAAUUUAUUUUAAGGCCUUUUUAUGAACGUUAGUUGCUUUAAAACAUGUCAGGUAUAGGCCUACUCAUUGUUUUGAUGUGUGCCUUUGUGGUGUAUUUCAUUGGAGAUGUGACGCAUACAGUGACAGUAGAAAUUACAAUGAAACGCUUUGGCUUUAAUACAGAUUUCAAAGGCACUUUGCAAUGUAUGCCUAAAUUCAUCUGUUGAAUCAGUGUUAUCUUCAAAUCUUGAGGUCGUUUUAGGUGAGAAAUACUCUCAUACACUUUGGUGGUAUAACAACGUGUUGUAAUUUAAGCCGAAAAAUGUUUAUAAUAAAAAGACAUGAACUGCUAUGUCAUUAGCAUCUUCAUUGCAUAUAGUUUGUUUAGAAUCACAGAUAUGGCAUGAUUAUAAACGUUUGGUUGGUUUAAACCAUUUGCCAGUGAUGUUGCAUAAUCUUUCAAUUUUAUUUAGCCUUAAAUGCUGAAAGAGUAAAGUGUUAUGAUCAAGUCCAAAUGUCAUUCAGACAUAGAAAAUAUUAAGAGUCACUUAACUGUACGUUCUUUUCACUGCCUACUCUGUUCUGCACUGUAAUUUAGUUUUUCUUUUAAAGGAUAAAAACUCAUUUGUCCAAAGGACGGCUUUAUCCAAAAAAACCUUCACACUUUAAAAUACAGAACCUGUGUGUUUUCACUGGUGGGACAUACUGUUAUUGUGUAGACAUGAUGAAAACAAUAACAUGACAAUCACCCAACUGGAAGUCAAAUGAACAGCAUUCCAUGUAUAAGCCUAUUUCUUACAAGUAUUUAUCAGUAUGCUAUCCAGUGUGAAUAUAUUUGAACUGACUAUUUUAUUGAUAUUGUCAUUUCAAUUCUUGUUGUUAUAAUUAUUAUUGUUAAAGGACAUUCUGUUCUUGUAUGUUGACUGUACACCAAAGUAAAAAAGUCAUUUUGAUACA